AUGAGCGGCUCAAUGAAUCUCACCGUGCGAGCUCAGAGGAUUCUUGCGACGAGCUGGACAAGGCAACAAACCACCGGCAGACACGCCGCCGGUCGCAUUCAUGUCUCCGCAAGUCCGAGGUCAUGGCAGCGCCGCUCCAUGGCGAGCUCGGCUCCCAUCCCGGCCGCUCCCGGCUCUCUACCGCUCGACGGAUAUCGUGUCCUUGACAUGACCAGGGUUCUCGCCGGACCAUACUGCACUCAGAUCUUGGGCGAUCUCGGAGCCGAGGUCAUCAAGAUCGAGCAUCCUACCCGCGGCGACGAUACCAGAGCAUGGGGUCCCCCAUAUGCUCCGUACACCGCAGAUUCGGAUCUCGAAGGUCCUGGAGAAGCCGCCUAUUUCCUUGGGGCCAAUCGCAAUAAAAAGUCCAUUGGUCUGUCCUUCCAAGACCCUGCUGGGGUUGACAUCCUGCACAAACUCGCCGCCAAAUGCGACAUUCUAGUCGAGAAUUACCUUCCUGGCACUCUCAAAAAGUACGGAAUGGACUUUGAGACGGUACAUAAGAUUAACCCGGCCCUGAUCUACGCUUCUAUCACCGGCUACGGCCAGACUGGGCCGUAUUCUGACCGCGCAGGCUACGACGUCAUGGUCGAAGCCGAGUUUGGCUUGAUGCACAUCACCGGCAACCGAGACGGUCCUCCGGUCAAGGUAGGCGUUGCAGUGACGGACUUGACGACCGGACUCUACACGAGUAAUAGCAUCAUGGCCGCUCUGCUAGCUCGCGCAAAGACCGGCAAGGGCCAGCACCUCGAUGUAGCGCUGAGCGACUGCCAGACGGCUACGCUUGCCAACAUCGCCAGCAGCUGCCUGAUCAGCGGGGAGAAGGAUAGCGGACGGUGGGGAACUGCGCAUCUCCAUGCGGUUUCAGCUUCCAUCGUGCCAUACAAAUCUUUCAAGACCAAGGAUGGGGAUAUCCUCCUGGGAGGAGGCAACGACCGCCUCUUCGGCAUUCUCUGCGACGGUAUCGGGAAGCCAGAGUGGAAAGAGGACCCCAAGUUCAAGAUCAAUGCCCAGCGCGUCGCCAACCGAAACGAGCUCGAGAGCAUGAUCGAGGAUAUCACCUCGCAGAAGACCACGCAGGAAUGGCUCGACAUCUACGAGGGCAAAGGGAUGCCCUACGCGGCCGUCAACGAUGUGCAGGCCACGCUUAAUCACGCGCACACCAAAGCUAGAAACAUGGUGGUCGAGGUCGAGCAUGGCGAGUGCGGACCCAUGAAGCUGGUCAACACACCCGUCAAGUAUUCCCACAGCACGCCCGGUGUGCGGACGCCGCCGCCGACACUCGGGCAGCACACGGAUGAGAUUCUGAGGGAGCAUCUUGGAUUCGACGAGGACAGGAUACGAGGUCUAAAAAGCAAGGGCGUCGUGAGGUAG